AUCUAUCACAAACACAUCUUUUUAUUUUUUUCUUUCGCACGAUUUUCGUGUAACAAAACUGAACUACGUGAACUGUCUCAAGAAGUGAAGUGAGAAAGAUGUAUUCCUCUGGAUAUGUUACUAUCGCAUUCGCACUCGUCGCCUUUUCUUCAAUUUCCGUUCUUGGGUUUCCGGACGGUGGACCGGUGGAUGCUUGCGUAAAACCACGACCGAAUCAGCCCUAUCAUGGCCAGGCACGGUCGCAGCCCUUGAACACGAGUCCUUACAAAAUACUGGCCUCGUCUUCACAAUAUGGACCAAGUUCUCAAAUCACAGUCACCAUUGGCGGUGCUUCAUUUAAGGGAUUUUUCCUGCAGGCGCGUGAUGCCAAUACGAAUGAGUGGAUCGGAUCUUGGGCGCAAACGCCAAAUACGAAUACACACGCUGAGUGCAGCGUUGUGACACAUGCAGAUCCGCGCGAUAAGGAGCAGGCCACUUUUAUUUGGAACGCACCAAAUGCACAUGGCAACGUUUACUUUACUGGAACUAUAUUAAAGGAUUAUGCAACGUAUUGGUCCGAUCUUACCUCACAAGUGGCAAAGUAAUAAUAAUUCAUCUACUGU